AUGAUGGGUGGAGUAAGAGCUGUGCUUUUCCUAUCUCUAGCGGGAGUACUAGGACUUACUCUGUUAGUAUUGGGAUGCGCACUUCCUAUGUAUGGAAACUGGUCACCUUUCUUUGUCAUCAUAUUCUAUGUUAUGUCCCCUGUUCCAUUACUCAUUGCUCGUCGUUUCCAAGAAGAUAUGGCUGGCACCAAUGCUUGUAUAGAACUAGCUCUGUUCAUGACCACGGGAAUCGUAGUAUCAGCGUUCGCUUUACCAACAGUUCUAGCCCACGCUGGUGUGAUAAAGCCUAUGGCUGCCGUAUUCUCAAAUACUGGUUCAAUUGUUAUGUUCGGAACCAUCCUGGCUUACUUUUAUGUCCAUAGAGAAGAAGAUUCAGGAAGUUGGAAUCAGUCAUUGUUCUAA